GAACAAAAAAAAGGAACACUUUAACGAGUCUUUGUACUGGAGCAAGUAGUCUCAUCACCAUUCUUCUCAGACAUUCAUCUCCCUCAUACAACCCCCCCAUCCAGCACACAUUACAGCUUCUGCGAUCGACCUACAUAAAUACUUUCACUCAACACAAAACUCGAGCAAGAUACAUUGUACCGAUUCUCCUCCCCCCCGCAUUUGUAUUAUUCCAUCAAACAAGCCCACAGCCUCUACUUGACCGACCCAUCUAUCGAGUCUCUUAACAUUCAAGAAUCGGAUUCAAGUCGAUCACCAACACCCAAACAGCCAGCCGUUUUCAAUUUUUUUGGCAGGACAUGGCAACCACCGAAGUAGUCGUCAUGCCCACCUGCACGAUCUGUCGCGAUGAUGAUGCGACUGAUUUGAACUUUGGGAUAACCGCUUGUGGACACGCCUUCCACUCGCAGUGCAUGGAAGACUGGAACAGAAAUCAAGCGCUUCGGCGCAGGAUGACAGUAUGCCCGUGCUGCAACACCAACUUAUCCUUUACACGAUCACCGACCAUUCGCAUCCACCAGCUCGCCAAACAAAGAGUAGUCAUCAUCCCGGACGGACAUGCCGAUCCGCUCGAGGAACUCAAGGCGGCGACCAAGAAGCUCGAGAAACUCGAAGCCGAUCAAGCCAAGCUCGCCGUCGAGAACAAUGCGCUCAAAGCCAAAGUCACCAAGCUAACCUAUGAAUCCAAGAAGCGGAUGGUAGAAGAGUCCAGGAAUACCCCCCAAGGAUCUUAUAAAGUACUGAACCUCGAUGGUCAUCAUGGUCCCGAUCUCGAAAAAGAGAGGCAGAUUCGCAAGAGACAGCUACAUGCCUUGCACAUGGGAGAGCAAAAGAGACUGCUCAGGCAGCUUGAAGAUUCAAAAGAAGCUUACGAAAACCUCCUGGCUGGAUUUGAACCGGUGGGAUUGACGAUAAACACCUCUGCAGCAGACAGAGCCACUCCAUCACAUCAACGGCAACCAAUCGAUCCAGUCGACUCGGAUCGAUCGUCGAGUGUAUCGAUUGGAGUGAAACGACCACGUCCCUCGAGGACCGAGAAGGAGAAGGCCAAGACGCCCAUGGUGAUCGAAAUCGAUUCGGAAUCCGACAACCCUUCGCCUCCUCCUGGGCCGCCGAAUUCCCCGGCCUUUACGCUCAACCCCUUCAAUCCAAUCCCCGGCCCUUCAGUCCCAAAGCCUUUUCGCGCUCUACAGGCCUCGACUAGUGCUUCGAAAAGAAGAUACGAUCAAGCCUCAGCUACCCCGAAGAUUAACUAUACUACUCGUUCUUUCGCUAAACUGGCCUCUGGUUCCGGCCCCAAAGCUUAGCAAUCUUCCCCUAGAAAUUCGUCCGGGCCAUCAGACCCUCAAUUAGAAAUCAACCCUCUUUCCUCACACAUACUCCCUCUUUCUCUCAAUCCCAACUCGCCGUAAACCACUUUGGACAAUCCAAUUAAGAAGAGCUUCUUUUUUUGGCUGGUAGUCCUUUAGACUCGCUUCCAUUGAGGUUCGACUUUGCUCCUCGACAACUGCUUUUUUUUCUUUCUUUCUUUUUGCUUAGUAUUAGACAUCCUGCCUUCAUGCCCAAUUAGCUUCUUCUCCAUGCCUAUCCUAGUUCAUUCCUAUCCAAUCCUCAGCUCUCAUCAUGUCAGUAACUCAUCCCGAAAAAAAACAGAAACAACACAACACAAACUUCUCGCUCAUCAUUCAUCCUCAUCAGUUGUUCCCAGCUUCCAUGUACUUUUUUUUUCUAUCAUUCCACACUCAUCAAAUUCCCAUCCGAUUCUCGUCCGACCCCAUUCGACUUUCUUUUCAUCUAGUCUCACAUCGACGUCUGGCCUGGCCCCUCCUCAAUUUCAUCCACUCUUUCUUCAUGCAAACCCAAAACCCCCCCAAAAAAAUUAUUGGUCUCAUUAUAAACUGUUCUUGUCCUCUCAACAAUCCAACAAUGAAGAAGUUAUCUAUGCCAGAACACGUUCUUUCUAGAAACAAAUCAUGCCAUCUUAGCCAGAGUUUCUAUACCCUUUUGAGUGUUCUUUCCCUUUUUGUUUCCCACCAAGUGAUGUUGCACAUUCAAUUUGUAUCUACCAUACCCACCAGCCUCGAGACCCUAUCUUACAUCAGUCCAAACUGAUGACAGGAAACUUAUCUGCAAUGAACCCUGAGCUGUUUGCUCCUACCAGCCAGAAGAUCUUCUUUAUUUGAUGGUG